UAUUUGACAUCCUCAUGGACUUUUUCACUCUUGUGUUGCUCUCCAACUCUUUUUUACAUUCAAAUGUGGCUUACGAGUAAAAAAAGGUUGGGGACCCCUGGUUUAAGGUAACCACUCACAGGUACAGAUAGUUCGGUGUCUGCUCAGGCCCUACGUUGAUGCAAUUACGGAAAAUUUGGAGCAUGGUGAAAAAGUUUAUUUAGGCACAUAAAGCCUUAGAAAAUACAUACAGUUGAACCCCCAUUUUACAUCCCCUGAUUUUAAGUUUUCCCUCAUUUUACACUGUUGUUUUGUGGUCCCACCUAUAUAUUAUGCAUAAUACUUUACCCCGAUUUUACAUUUUCCUGGAUUGUACACCAAAACGUACUGUAUUCACUAACUGCCCCUAAAAUUCCUGCCAACAUAUAAAUUGAAACAAACAUGGCAUGCUUUCUUCAAAGGAAAAAAAGCUGUAAUAUAACAUUUUGCCAGAUUUACAACUAAUGAUUGUGGAAAAUCAGGCUGUAAUAUGCCCCAUAAAAUCUGUCGAGAUUCCAGAGAAUUUAGUGGGAAGUGUAUGUUAACACUCAGGUAAGUGAUUAUAAUUGCUUGGGGGGUGACUAACAUUUUGGCACCUCCCCAAUGAUUAUAUCUUUCCCUCUACUUUAAACCUUCAUGCAGUUUUCAUAUGGUGAAAAUGCCCAGUGACAGUGUCCCUUCACAUUAUUUUCAAAUAUUUCCAACUUGGCAAAAUGAAAUAUACCUGAAAUGCAACAGAAACCUAAACAUUAAAUUGGGUAAAAAACAUAUACUCAUAUACAAAAUGUUACUUCUUAUAAUAAUUUAUUUGAAUGGUGGGAACCUUCCGAACCUGUAGUGCGUAUGUUCCUAGGGACAACAACAAAGACUCAUAUUAGUUUACCUGUUGAAUUAUUGAUUGGUUUGGGUAACCGGAGUAUCUGAAGGUAGAACAAGAAUUCACAAACAAAGCUGAAGACGCUUAAUGCCAAGGAUGCAGAACAUUCUAUUCUGUACUUCAAAUAAAACCUUUAAAAGAAUGAACUGCAACUAGAAAGUAGCUGAAGGCUGACUGAGUUAGGCAGUUACUAGCUGAUUAUGUUUUCUGCUGCCACCAAGAACUUUGUUAAACAAGUCGGCGAUGGAGGAAGGCUGGUUCCUGUGCCUAGUCUCAGUGAGGCUGACAAAUACCAACCCCUCAGCGUGGUCAUCAAAAAGAAGAAAUGCUUCCUAUCUAGAAAAUCUAAAUACAUCUCAACCCCAUUUACAUUGAAAGAUAUUCUAAAUGGAGACAAGGAGAUUUCUGCAGGUGUCAGCUCUUACCAGUUGCUGAACUAUGAAGAUAAAUCUGACUUAUCAUUGAAUGGAAGACACGGAAAUCAGAUCAGGAAUGAUGUUGGAAUAAAUAUUUAUGGGUCAGAUUCUGUUGCAGUUAAAGCUUCAUUUGGUAUUGUAACCAAACACGAGGUAGAGGUUCCAGCACUGCUGAAAGAACUUCUUUCAAGGACGAUUGACCUAGAACAAUGUUUAAUUCGUCAAGCAAAAGAAAGUGGCAAAGAGGUGCUCUGUGUGGUUAUGGAGAGUAUCCGGACCACUCGUCAAUGUUCAUUGUCAGUGCAUGCUGGCAUGAGGGGAGAAGCAAUGAGAUUUCAUCUGAUAGACGAACAAAAUCACAAAGGUCGUGACAAAGCCAUUGUUUUCCCAGCUCACACAACCAUUGCAUUUAGUGUUUUUGAUCUGUACAUUCAUCUCGAUGGCCACUUUGAACUUUGUGUAUCAACUGCCUCAAAAGGAGGAUUUGAAAAAGAACCAACCAGAUCACAUUCAUUAAAUGCUCUAAGGAACAAUUUGUAUCGAUCUGGCAUCUUUUUCACUGGGAAAAGGACAAUGGAUGUUAUCGCUAACACAGACUCCUACAUGGAUGACAUAUUUUCAGAUUACUACGAGAAGGCUGCCAGCAUGACCGAUAUUUCUACAAACUUCAUGAGAGAGGGGGCUCACACCCGUGUUAACCUUCUUAACAAUAACAUUCCCAAGGGGCCGUGUGCUCUCUGUGGGAUGGGAAAUUCCAAACGGGAAACCGUUUAUGGGUGCUUUGAAUGUUCUUUCAAUGGCCAAAAGUAUGUUAGAUUGCAUGCAGUACCUUGCUUUGAUCUAUGGCAUAAAAGAAUGAAGUGAGACACUCCCAUGGACAUGUUGUGCCUACUCAUAUAAUCUCAGGUGUAAUUGCUACAAAUAAAGUCCCUUUUUCUACUUAAUAAUAAUAUUAGAGAGCAUCUGAAUUGUCAACGUGCCCCAAAGCAAACCUGUUCAAGGUCCAGCUCCAACAGAGACAGUCAACUGGUAGUACUUUAAUAGGGAAAGGCAGUUACUUACCUGGUGCUCUGGCCACUUAGCACAAUCUCUUAAUCUUCCUGCUAGAGUGGGUUGUGUCACUAUUGCUGUUCUACCUUACCACGUGUACUACAGCUAAUUGGCUGACAAGUUGGUGCAUAUAGUAUAUUAACCGUAAAGUAAUGCCUUACAUGCACUACUGGCAACAUUUAUUCUACCAUCUGGCCCUAGGUGAAUGGACAGUAUUCUGGGUCGGACUGGCCUAGCAGCAACCAGGCAUAAUAGGCACUAACUAUUUAUGGCUAUCCCAUGGCCAUUCCCUAAUAUGAGAACAAAAGGAAACAAUAAAAGCAAAGAAGGAUGAGACUAUAGAGAAGAGACUCCUAGGAGAAUAAAUAAAGUGAGUGAAGAAAGAAAGAAGUAAAUUUAGUAUUGAGAAUGGGCUGUCUGUCUAAUGAUUUCUGGUGGGCGCAUGGCACCCCAGUACAACACUGACUGUACUGAUCAAUUUAGCCACAGAUCCAUAUCGAUGGUCUGUUAGAAUUGUUCAUUUCAUUUGGGCUGAUGAUAUUAAGAAAUGGAUCAGACAGAAAGUGAGAGCUGCAGCUCCUUUAAUUUACUUAUCUGCCAGUGCACCAUCCACUGCCCGAGAAGGAACAUCGCCACAUGAAAUUUUCAAUUUGGACAGGCCAACGACAAUCCUAGAGGGUCAGAAGAUAGCUUGUCAAAAGAAGACUUAAGCUGGCCGUAGAUGUGCAGAUUUUAUUCUUUGUGCAACGAACGCUUGUUAUUUCAGUCUAACAAUCUACCAUUAACCAUUCAGAUUUAAAUAAGUUGGAAAAAUAAAUCAGACAAUGUUCUGGCCAUUAAUUGACAGGAAGCAAUUGUACAAAAGUUAUGUCUGACAAAUUGUAGUAAGCAAAUUGAACAACCGUUCCGUCUCAUCGCAAUCGGUGAAAAAGCUGGCUGCGUCCAAAGAAAGGUUGUCUGGGUGCAGGAGUUCCUUGGCUUCCAGUGCUAUACAAAAUAUGGAGAAAGAAGAUGUAGUUCCGCAACACCAGAACACAUCCAAUAUCUUUAUUUGUAUGUUAAAAGACACACAGCAUACUUGCGAAAAGGGUCAAGCCAAGUAUGCAGUGUGUCUUUUAACACUAACAAAUAAAGAUAUUCGAUUUUAAAGUGGUCCGGUGCUGCGGUACUCCAUCUUCUGACAAAUUGUAGUGACCCAUUGAUAUAGUCGGAUACAUGCAGAGAUAUUAUCGGUAGCUGAUAUAGAUCUUUUAACCUGUCCGAUCGACUGAACGACCAAUCGCCAUGGUACGAAAAAUGUUGGUACACUCCACACACGGUUCGAAAACUGUACGAACCGACGGUAUCUUUGCGUCUAUCUCCAGCUUUACAUGGCCAGAUGGUAGACUCCUGCAGCGGGUCGGGUACCCGCAGGUUACCCCCAAAAAUCUGCGGUACCCUGUGGGUUGUGGGAAGAAGUUCCGGGUGCGUGUAUAGACGCGG